AUGGCGACUGAGGAGCCCUCAUCCGCUGAUAGGGUGCUUACCCCCAGCGUCGCAACAGUCUCGGACACCACAAUCGUCAAAGUUGGUGCUGAGGGCAAGAAGUACAACCUACACAUCGACCUUCUCAAACAUCACUCCGGCUACUUUCGUGGAGCACUUUCGGGCGCAUUCAAGGAGACGGAUGACGGAGUCGUUACUCUCAUCGAUAUUGAUACCGACGCGUUCGACGUCUUUGUUGACUGGAUAUACACCGGCGUUGUCGCUCCGAUAGAGUUCCCAGCUAAGACCGUCAAUCACAUUGGUCCCAAGUUUCGGUCGUAUAUUUUGGCAGAUCGACUACUGGCUCCAGGACUCAAAUCGGCUAUCAUGGACCUCUUCGUCUGCUAUCAAGGAGCCGGUCCGCUAAAAAUACCCGGUUGUCACGGUAUUAUCUACUGCUAUGCACAUCUGCCCGAGAGCGACCCCUUGAUUCGGCUGGUCGUGGACUUGUGGUGUUUCAAAGAAACUAUGAGCUCCAUGAACGAUGAGGUUGUAGCUUUGCUACCCCAGCUGCCCAAGGACUUUCUUGUUCGUUAUCUGGUCAGGAUGAGAGAUUUCAAGGCAGGAGCAGCAUCGACCACAUCUUUGAAGCGUGAAGAUUACAACUAG